UACCUAGUAAAUAUUAGUGAAUAACAACCGUACGUAUAUGUACACUUCUUUUGAAAGUUUAAGACGUUAGUCUGUGCAGAUUCGCCGGAAAAUUCUAGAACGUUAAAACGCGCGUAUAUCGAUAACGUAUGAGGUUCGCGUUGCGCUGACGUCGCUCGCACGGAAACUCGCCUUCUCUCUUUGUCGUGCGCACACGAUGGUGGAGGGGGGAUGGGUGCACCGUUGGAAACAAUCCUAGUGGCGGCGCGCCGCUGGAUGAUAUACGGUUGUGGUACGUUUUUGUGAUGCGGAAAUGUAAGAGUUUCGCAUCGAGAACGAGGGAAUCGGCAUCGGCUGGCGUGCAUCGUUAGCCAAGGAGAGGAAAGUCUCGCGGAUCGUACGAUUUCGUCGAGAGUUUCUGUCAAGAUAAACGCGAAACAGGAUGACACUCGUGGCUUGAGCCAAAGAUCCCCCGGAUCUCGUGUGUGCUAGCCUGCCAGCCGCGACAUGGCGGGUUUUCGAGACGAGGACAAGGCACUAUUCCCUAUACAGAGCAUAUCCUCGAUCGUGCGGAUCUUCCAGAAUCAGUUGGAGAACAGCUCGGAGCCGGACCUCGCUCUGCUCUCGAUUCUCGUCGGCGCAGUCGAGAAUUCCCUAACCUGCAAUCGGACAUUUGCGUCGCAGGAGGCCACUGUUUACGACGAGCCGAAAUUGCCGGCCGUCGAGUUUCACAUCGCCGAGGCCCUUUACACCAAGUUUCACGCGGUGAUCAAAGGCGCGGUCGACCUUACCGUUUACGACACCAAGUACGCGACACGAGAACUCGUCAAAAAAGUCUCCGACGUUAUAUGGAACUCCCUGACCAGAAGCUACUACAAGGAUCGUGCUCACCUGCAGAGUCUUUACAGCUAUCUCACAGCGAAUAAGUUGGACUGUUUCGGCGUGGCGUUCGCUGUAGUUGCCGGCUGCCAAGUACUGGGAUUUAAAGAUGUACAUCUUGCCAUGUCGGAAGACCAUGCUUGGGUAGUUUAUGGAGAGGAUGGAACUGAAACUGCAGAAGUUACCUGGCAUGGAAAGGGAAAUGAAGAUAAAAGAGGCCAGCCAGUUGAACCUGGGGUGGCUUCUCGUUCAUGGUUAUACGUAAAUGGUCAAGCCGUUGUAUGCUCCAGAGCUAUGGAAGUUGCCACCAUAGUAUCGGCCAUAAAUCCCAGUUUGAGUGCUACUUCGGACGCGGCGGAGGUUGCGUUGCUUCAACAGGAGUUGUUGUGGUUGUUGUAUGAUCUGGGCCAUCUCGCCAAGUAUCCCAUGGCUCUUGGUAAUCUUGGGGAUCUCGAGGAAGCAGCCCCGACUCCAGGGAGGCCUCCUGCCAUAGAUCUUUUUCAGGAAGCUAUCCGAUCAGCGAGGAAGUACUAUGGAAAUGCUCACGUGUAUCCGUAUACUUAUCAAGGUGGCUACUUGUACAGACACGGAUUGCAUGCUAACGCGUUGUCGUCGUGGGCAGACGCGGCGGAUGUGUUAAGAAAGUAUGACUAUUCGAGGGAUGACGGAGAAAUAUAUAAAGAGUUGUUGGAAAUAGCGAACGAGCUUAUACCUCAUACGGUACGAGCUGACGAACGUUUGUUACGACAGCCGCGUUGUUUUGCUUAUUUGUUGAGGUUUUACGACGGCAUUUGCCAAUGGGAGGAAGGAGCGAAUACGCCCGUUUUGCACAUAGGAUGGGCACGGCCGUUGGUAAAUACCAUUUCAAAGUUCGAUGCCAGUAUCCGUGCUCAGGUAAUUAUCGAUUGUUACGACGUGGAGGCGAAACAGGAAGAGGAGAAGUCGCAGAAGCGGGAGACAAGCCCGGAGGAAACGUUGAACAAUAACAACAACAACAAUUACUGUAAGACUAAAGAGAGAGGCAACGCGGCUCGCGACCUGAUCAAGAGCUUGGAGUCGAAAGUGCCGUCUAACCCGGCGCCGAUGCAUCCCAGCAUUCAAGCGUUGACGGCAGCGUGCAGCGAAAAGAUACUUAACCGAGAUUACCUGUUGCAAGGUGGCGGAGAGCCAUUUGUCGCCCCGUCGGACGACGCUCUGCCUCCCGCGCCUUCCACUUCCCAGGAGAACCUCGACCCCGAGGUAGAGACUGACUCCGAGCACGAGAGGCCAAGGAUAACGUUGUAUAGUCAGAAAAUGAAAGGUCUGAAGGACCUGCUGUUGGCUGAGAAAUUGAACACGCACGCGAUAUCGUUGCAGCUAACCGCACAGAGCCAGGUACAAAUUGGUAAAAAGUCACGUAAUACCGACGAGGUUGGAGUUAGUCAACGUCCAAAGAGGACGCGUCGCGAAUAGUAUAAGAUUUUCGACCGGCGUUUCGGUAUCGUAAAAUAUUGACACGAAAACCGCAUGAAAGGUAUACUACCCGCCACCACCGGAUCGGUUUCGAUCGAAGGAAGAUCCGCGAGUGGCGCGCGAGCACAUACGUGGAACAUACGAGAAAACAACGUAUGUUCGAGAUGUUCGUUGGAAUCUUAAUUCCUCACCCAUUCGUUUCAUUCUGUUCGAAAUGAACUUCUCGCCCGAAAUUCCUUUCGUAUAUCACUUCGGGAUAUGCAGAGCAGACGACGACGAUAACGUUGUUAAUAGCCGUUUUUUCGUUUCACGAAACAACCCCGAUGCUUCCGACGCGUCGCGCGUAACCCUCGGGGGGCGGAGUAUCGUCGUCGUUUAGAUGAUAAGUAAAAAAAAAAAGUAGACGCGACAAAGUUUAUAGAAGAGUACAAAAGGGUUUUCUCGAUUUUAAGUUAAACCGCGAGUGUUUGCGUUUCGUAUUUCGUGUACGUUGAGAAAGAAAAAAAAAAAAAAAAGAAGAAGAA